AAUGGAGAUUUCAAGAGUUCUUGACAGGGGCACGCAUUUGGCUAAUAUCAACAGUCCACCACAGUGCAGUGGCUUCUGGCAGGCAGGUUCUUGAUGUUUAUUUUCACGGAGAAAUGUGAGAUACGAAAAUGAAGGGAAUGGCAUGCCUGAUGCUUCUAGUAUUAUUAGGAGGAGUUUGUGGGGAGAAGGUGCAGGUGAGCAUCAAGAACAAGCUAGGGAACGGGACGGCGAUGACCAUCCAUUGCCAGUCCAAAGACAGUGAUCUUGGGAACCAGACGGUGGCAGACGGAACUGAAUAUGGCUGGGACUUCUCCCCUAAUGUAUGGGGAACCACUCUCUUCUAUUGCGACAUGAAAUGGGAUCAGGAACCUCAAUUCCAUUUUGUUGCAUAUGCUUCCCACAGAGACGCCGCCACUCGCUGCCAGUCUUGCUGCUCCUGGCUGACGUCAAGGGAAGGCAUGUACGGGUUGAAUGGGCAAACCGGAUUCUGGGAAUUUAUUUACAAUUUCCAAACUUGGCCAAAUAAACAGAAGAUUGUAUCAUAAUAUGGGCAAAACCUUCAUACUGGUUGGAAUUGUUUUGGAUGUUCGGUCUUUUCUUCCUUUUCCGUAGCUGAAGCUAUUAAAUAAAUAUUAUUAUGUAAUUUAGAUGCCUUGCCUAAAGGCAUAGUAGUUGUAAUAAAGGAAGACGAGAGAGAACAUUAGCACU